UCAGAAAUUUAGAAUUAAAUGGGUAUUAUGUCUACACUUUAAUCUUAACGGGUUCAAAAAAUAAAAAUUACAUAGAGAAAGAUAAUAAGAUAAACAAUAAAUGUUAACAUUUGCUGAAUCUGCAUGAAAUUAAGUGGGAGUUCUUUGCAAAAUUUGUGACACUAUUUGUAAGUUUAAAUUUAUUUCAUAAUUAAAUGCUAAAAAUAGAGAGGUAACAAAUCUUGGGAAUUUGAAGGGGCUUAUCUAAUAGGAACAAGCAUAUAGCCUUUUAUAGCCUUUAUCUUAGCUCAUUUUCUGAUAAAAAUUCAAAAUUUCUGACCUUUGUAUCACACUUCAGUCCUUGACAGACUUCCAUUAAGGAAUGGGAGUCAACCAAUCAUGGAUCCCAGAAUUCAUCCUGGUGGGAUUCCAGCUCAGCGCCGAGAUGGAAAUGCUCCUCUUUUGGAUCUUCUCCCUGUUAUACAUCUUCAGCCUGCUGGCGAAUGGCAUGAUCUUGGGACUCAUCUGUCUGGACCACAGUCUGCACACCCCCAUGUACUUCUUCCUCUCACACCUGGCCGUCAUUGACAUGUCCUAUGCUUCCAACAAUGUUCCCAAGAUGUUGGCAAAUCUGAUGAACAAGAAAAGAACCAUCUCCUUUGUUUCAUGCAUAAUGCAGACUUUUUUGUAUUUCGCUUUUGCUGCUACAGAGUGUCUGAUUUUGGUGGUGAUGUCCUAUGAUAGGUAUGUGGCCAUCUGUCACCCUCUCCAGUACACUGUCAUCAUGAGCUGGAGAGUGUGCACAAUCCUGGCUCUCACGUCCUGGUCAUGUGGGUUUGCUCUGUCCUUGGUACAUGCAAUUCUCCUUCUAAGGUUGCCCUUCUGUGGGCCCCGGGAUGUGAACCACCUCUUCUGUGAAAUUCUGUCUGUCCUCAAGCUGGCCUGUGCUGACACCUGGGUUAACCAAGUGGUCAUAUUUACUACCUGUGUGUUUGUCUUAGUCGGGCCUCUUUGUUUGAUGCUUGUCUCCUACAUGCACAUUGUCGGGGCCAUCCUGAAGAUCCAGACAAAGGAGGGCCGCAUAAAGGCCCUCUCUACCUGCUCCUCCCACCUGUGUGUGGUUGGACUCUUCUUUGGCAUAGCCAUGGUGGUUUACAUAGUCCCAGACUCUAAUCAACGAGAGGAGCAGGAGAAAAUGCUGUCCCUAUUUCACAGUCUCUUUAACCCAAUACUGAACCCCCUGAUCUACAGCCUGAGGAACGCUCAGGUGAAGGGCGCCCUCCACAGAGCACUGCAGAGGAUGCAGUCUAUGUAAGGAGUGGACAGAGUGUUAGUUGGAUAGGUCUUUGCUUUUAAACAAGUGGUUUGCUGAAGCAAAAACUGAGAACUUUUUCAGUUAGAAGUUUGAUAUAAACAUGCUACUUUUUCUAAUUCUAGCUCUGAAAAUAGGACAAGAUUACAGUGAAAAAAUAGCAUAUUAUAUUUUACACUACCUUUUCCACUGAAAACUCUAUGGAGUAGGAACCCAGUUCCUGGAUUAAAUUUUAAUGUUGAGAGUCACUUCUAUAUGGAGAGUGGAAGAGAUGGAAAAGCUAUUUUCCUUUGGAAUUUGCAUCAUUUUCUCAGCAUUUUAUUGCAAAUCUCCCGUUUUGAAAGAAAAGCAAACAAAAUCCAAAGCAAGCAUAAACAAAUAUAGA